AUGUCCACCAUUUCCAAUGUGGACGAGCUACCCCCGUUGCCUCAAAUUGCGGACAAGACGGGGGUUCCUGCGGCCGAGCCCGCCCACAAGCCUCACCGGAGCAUGGCCCAAGCCAUCGGCCUCAUAGCGACAUGCACGACCGCCAUGCUGCUCAACUCGUCAAACGGGACCGCCGUCUCCAUCGCGCUCCCGACCAUCGGCCGUGAUCUGAAUAUCCCCGAGUACCGUCUGCAAUGGGUCGUCUCCGGCUAUUCCCUCAGCUCGGGCUGUCUGCUGCUCUUCCUUGGCCGUCUCGCCGACCUGUACGGCCGGAAGCUUACCUUCCUGUUUGGCGCCUUCGUGAUGGGCGUGUUCGGAUUGGGAUGCGGAUUUGCGAAAGAUGAGAUCACGCUGGAUGUCCUCCGUGGGUUCCAAGGUAUCGGAGGGGCCGCGGUUAUCCCAGCUUCGCUUGGCAUGCUAGCGCAUGCAUUCCCGCCUUCACGAAUCCGCUCAGUCGCCUUCGCAACAUUCGCCGCAGGUGCUCCCGUGGGCGCUGCAGUCGGCAGCGUCAUCGGCGGUGUCCUCACGCAGCUCACGGAAAAAACGUGGCGCUCCGUCUUCUAUCUCAUGACGGGCAUCUCCGCGCUGGUCUUCGUCGGUGGGUUCCUGACUUUUGACAGCGACAUGCCGUCGACGGAGGAAGACAAACGUGUGGACUGGCUGGGCGCGUUCCUCGUCACGGCUGGCCUUGUGAUGAUUGUCUUCGUGCUCAGUGACGGGACCAUCGCCCCGAACGGGUGGAAGACAAGCUACAUCAUUGCACUCCUGGUCGUUGGUGUGCUCCUCGUUGGUGCGUAUGUCGGGUGGCAGUACUACCUCGAGCGCGUGCAGGAUGACCCGGAGGCACCGCGGAGGUGGUGGACACCCCCGCCGUUGCUGCGGAUCACCCUCUUCUCGCGCGGGAAUGGAAAGCUAGCAGCGAUCCUCGCGAUCGCGUUUCUCGAGUACUGCGGGUUCAUGGCGUUCCCGUUCUGGUUUCAGCUGUAUUACCAGGACUAUAUCGGGCUGGACGCAAUCCUGACGAUGGUGCGGAUCCUGCCCAUGUCUGUUUCGGGCGUGCUCUGCAACGUCCUCAUCGCGUUCGUCGUGGGGUACGUCCCCGUCGUCUACCUCGUCGUGCUCGGGACGACGCUGACGGGUGUGGCGAACUUGCUGUUUGGGGUGAUCAACCCCACGGCGACGUACUGGGCGUUCGGGUUCCCGGCAACGGUGCUGAUCGUGUUCGGCGCGGACUUUGUGUUCCCAUCCGGGACGCUGUUUGUGGCGAGGCUGUGUCUGACGCACGAGCAGAGCGUCGGCGGGGCGCUGUUCCAGACGCUCACGCAGCUCGGCGGCUCGUUCGGUCUGGCGAUCACGACGAUAGUGUACGACGCGACGCUCAAGCGCGCAUCGCUCCGGGACGGAGUCGUGAUCAACAUCGACGGCACGAACGCUCCCCCGGCCGCACAGCUGCACGCGUACAAGGACGCGUUCUUCACCGCGUCCGCGUUCAACUUCUUUGCUGCAAUUUUGGCGAUCGUGUUCUUGCGCACGGUGGGCGCCGUCGGUGACAGGGGCGACGGCAGCGAACUUUCAGAAGCCGAGGAAAAGGCUCCUGUGAGCAUCGAGACCAAAUGA